CUGCUUUUCAUUCAAUAUGGUUGAAAGUCAGACGUCAGAAUAUAUAGUGGCUAUUUUCUGGUUGUGAGAUCACCUACAUGAUGGAUUUGUGAUUUUAUGAUUGGUGAAAGAGAACUAAGAAUUCAGCCGUUUUGUCUUGGAGACAAUGGCAGCAGUGCAAAUUUUGCCUGCGUCGAGAAGCGAGCUGGAUAGGUUCCUGGAAGGAGGAACUCUCAGCAGCAAAUUUCACGAGCUAUUCGAUAUUGAUAUCGAUGAGAUAUCCGCUUCUAAAAAGAAAAAUGAAAAGAAAAAGACAAAAAAGAAAGUGAAGACUAAAGGAAAAGAGAAGAAACAAAAGAGGGACAAAAGUCCAGAGAGUACAGAGAACCAGGUGCCUAAUUUGGAUGUGAGUCUGAACCCAUCCGUAUUCAACGUAUACUCUGCUGUCCGCCAGGCUGUCCUUGAACGAUGUAUGAAGGAGGCGAGUCAGAUCUAUCACCACAGUGUCACUGCUCAGUCAGACUCGGAUAGUGACGACACUAGUGAUGAAAAGGGCAAAGAAGCAACUAUAAAGUUACCAAAGAUUGUGACCUUUGGACUGAGUGGUCUAUUUGAACUAGUACGAGAGACACGCGCCAAGUACCCAGAGCUAUGUGUCCGAGCACUGCAGGCAUUGCUCAACCUCUUACAGGGACAGCAGCCAGAGAGCAUGAAGCUGGAGCCACCAGACAUUGUCGAUGGACUGUUCCAGCUUCUGAUGGAGGUUGCCAUGGUCGGGGGAUCAGACAUGAGUCUGUCUUCCCUGGCCUGCUCCUCCCUCAUCUCACUCACUGUAGCCCUGGGAGAUACAGGCAAACUACUUACUGCCAUCUCCUCUAUGUUGAUGAGUCCAUCCCCACUUGCUAUGCAGAAUGUCAAGGUGCCAGGCAUACUAACCUCGUUACAGAAGAGUGUCCAGGCUGUAUUAUUAGGGAAGACCCAGCUACCUGACUGGUUUAACCAGGGGGUAAAGUCUGGAGGCCUGAUCGACACGUUUACACUAGAGAAACUUCACACAAAUGAUACAGCAGGUGGAAUAGAUUGUGCUGUAGCAUCUGAUGGCAGAUAUUUGUACAUACUGGACAACAAAAACGGAAUAGCCAAAGUGGGAACAGGUUAUGGAGACACAACUAAGGGACACAUUUAUCUACAGAAAGAAUUUACUGUAUCAACCUCAUCUGUAUGGCUUGCUUGUGCAAAGGAUCAGCUGUUUUGUCGGUCGGACGAGAAUGCUCAACCCUGUCUGUGUACCAUUAAUAAAGAAGACCUGACAGUAAUGAACUCCUGUAAACUGGAUGGUAAAGGCCCGGGGCCCAGCGCUUUGUUUAGUGAUGGAGAAAACAUCGGACAGAUUGCAGCUGCUAAAGAUCAAGACAGCUUUGUGGUGCGCCUGUACAACCCUGAUGUCAGUCCCAUGACUGUGGCGGGAGAACUGCCCCUCAAACUCACUCGCAAGUGUAUGGAUGUGUUUGGGACAGCCUCCUACGACCAAACAACAGAGAGGCACUCAAUCAAUACUGCCUAUGAUGAAGAUUCCGUAGCCAUCACUGGAGCUAAAGACUUUGUACUGAUCAGAACUGUGGGUGGAAAGGUGUUAUACAGUGGAAAGUCCCAGUCCCUGGGCAUCAAACAGGGAGCACCUGCUCAGGGUAAAUGGGCAGAGCUACCUAUCACAAAGUCACCCAAGAUUGUACAGGUCGCCACAGGACAUGAAGGCCAGCAUGCCCUGAUUGUGUCUGAGGACGGUAGUCUGUUCUUCGUGGGGACACCUCGUCGUGGAGAGGAUGGGGAUACUAGCAUGUCGAAAGGAAGACGCCAACCAAAAGCAGUGAAACCAAAGAAGCUGGUUCGAUUUGAAUCAAAGACUGUGAUACAAGCUGCUUGUAACAAUGGUAGCAGUGCGUUCGUUACCAAGGAAGGCGAGGUGUUCAUGUUUGGCAAGGAUUCCUCUUACUGUGAUCAUGCUAGUGGUCAUGUGACAGACUUGAAGGACGUAGUUGUGACCAACAUCUGCCUUGGGAAGGCCCAUGCCAUAGUUCUCACCAACAAGGGCUUCAUUUACAGCUUCGGAAUAAACAACAAGGGCCAAUGUGGCCGCGACUUUCAGCCUGGUGGCUCAAAGGAAGCCAGUAACAACGUAACAAUGACCGAAGAAGAGGAGGAGACAGAGCAGGAGGAGGCCAUUUGUGGUGCAGGUCGACACAAAUGGAAGACUGACCACUGUAUGGUAUGCUCUGUGUGUGGGGAGUGUACAGGGUAUGGUAUAGCUUGUGUUCACUCUGUACAGGGAGGCAGAAACCCAGGCAUGCCAUGUGGGUGUGGGUCUGGAGACUCGGGUUGCAGUGAAUGUGGGAUCUGUAAGAUGUGUGCUGCUGAACAGAGUAUGGAUGAAGCCCAACAGCUUGCUCAUGUCCUCACAAAGAACAAAGACCUGGCACAGUUUGACCUCCUUGUAGGACCUAAAGGUGGUCGUAACCAUGGUACCCCAUUAGAGCAGUUCUUUAAGCGGCUCCUAGAACGACCUGUCAGACAACACCAUCGAUCUGGAUCUAAAUCAGGAAGUAAACAGAAAGGAAAAGCACAGCCUGAAGUUGGAAGUGACCAGGAGACUGAGUAUAACAAGGUGGUCAGUCUACCGCCAUUAGAGGUGACCGUGGGGGACGGGGAUGUACCUGUCACUCAGAUAUCCUGUGGUCAACAUCACACAGUCGUGUUGCUUCAGUCUGGGGAGGUUUACGCAUUUGGUAGUAACCAGUAUGGACAGUUAGGCCAGGGGGACCUAACAGUCAGAGGAACACCAACAAAGGUCCACCUGCCACUGAGCGCCAUUCAGGUGGCCACAGGAGCCCACCACUCUGUUGUCUUGCUCUCCAACGGUCAAGUUUACACCUUUGGAAAUUUCCAGAAAGGUGCCCUUGGUAGAGCAGGCCCUGAUGAGGCUGGAGCCAAGACAAAGAAGGGUCUGUGGUACGCCCUCCCUGGGCCAGUUCCUGGCAUUGGUGCCAGGUAUGGUCGACGUGCAACAUGGAUACAUGCCAGUGGAGAUCAGACUUAUAUGAGGAUUGACGAGUCGCUCAUCAAUGCACAUAUCCUAGCCUCCUCAAAAGUCUUCGCCAAUACAUCUUGUAUCGGUUUGAUUCCAAUGGGAGAAGAAAAUGCUGGAAUAAUGAAGUGUCUGAUGAUCAGCAAGGCAGAUGGCAGUUGUCGUAGCCUGGGAGGUCAGGACCAAGUGGAUUUGUCCCAGGACUCUGUGUGUCUAGAUCCUGUGUAUGAUGUGCUGUGGAGCUAUUCACAUACAAAACACGAGGUGGCCUGCUACAAUGUGAUGGCCUCGGAAGCACGACCACUCAAGUCUCGAGUCAAGAUGGCCAACAUCCAUGAUUUAUUCAAGCCUGAGAUUUCUGUGCCUGUUCGGAUAGGUUGCCAGGCAACACGGUCCCACUGUGCCCUCCAUUUGCUAGGCUGUUUGGACACACUGACCUCGGCUCAGCUUUCCAAUCUGACAGUGAUGGAGGAAACCAAAGAGAAGAUGACUGCCUCCAAAGUCUACAGCAAGGAGGACUUUUCAGUGGUCAACAGGUUUGAAAGCCAUGGAGGAGGGUGGGGGUAUUCUGGUCACUCUGUGGAGGCUGUCCGAUUCAUGGUGGACACCGACAUCAUCCUGGGUGGCUAUGGACUGUUUGGUGGUCGUGGCGAGUACUACGGCCGUAUCAAGCUGUUUGAGUUGGGUCCUGAGGGAGGAGAGAAUGAGGCCCAGGAUGGAGAGCUAUUGGCUGAGACAGAAGAGAUGGCAUUUGAGUGCGGAGCCAGGGAGAAGUUUGCCAUGGUGUUUGAGGAACCAGUGACCCUCCAGGCAAACAGUUGGUAUGUGGCCUGGGCAAGGAUCUCUGGGCCUAGUAGUGAUUGUGGUUCUACAGGGCAGUCUGUCGUCACCACAGAGGACCAAGUGGUAUUCAAGUUCAGAAGUUCUCGCAAGUCCAAUAAUGGAACGGAUGUCAAUGCUGGACAAAUCCCACAAUUACUGUACAGCAGACUGCCCUCGAGAGACAGUCCAGGAGCUGUGAGGAAGGUUGAUCACACCGAGCCUGCCCAUGUCCUCAGUCAAGACUUUGCCUGUUCUGUCUCACCAGAGAACUUCGAGGCACUACUGAAGCUACUACAGUGGAGCUGGAAUACCUUCCACUCCUCACUGGCAGAAAUGGACGGACUAAGGGGAGACAACUACAUGGCAGCCCUGUCGGAUUUACGGCGGGUGGUAUACAUCUGUAAGGCUAGUCUGUGUCUCCUCCGGAUCUACGUCACACAGAUCUACCCUGAUGGCAACAAACUACAGAAAGGUAUGUCUGAAUCCACCAAGCUAGCCCACUGUGUAGGUGACACACAGGACUUACUACGCCGUAUCCUGGCCGAGGAGGUUCGCCCUACAAAGGUACACAUGUACCUAUCAGAGCCUCCAGGCAAGGUGUUCGAGGAGCUGGAGGAGGAGAUACUACUGGAAUGUCACAGGACAUUCCGAGCCUGUUUCCAUGCCUUCUACCCGACUGGAAACCUCAAGUGGCUAUGUUUGUGUGACCUACUUAACCAGCUAGAACCGGACAUGAUGAAUGUCAAUGGGUAUGGACGCCUACUGGCAGCUGUGAUGGAGGCCAUGUGUCACCCAACUAUCCGCCUCACCAAUAUUAUGCCUAUCAACUGUGAACCACACACGGAGGAGAUUCUGAGGCGACAAUCUGUCAUUAUGGAUGACAAUACCAACAGUAUGGCCCGCUUGGGCGAGGUUCACAAAUUCCCUAUCCUCGUUGGCCAUAUGACCUACCGAAUUGAGAUGUCGGGCAUUGGUGGGAGUCAUGUGACAUUUAAGGAAAUACUUGACAAGCUGCUGAUGAUUGUGAUGUUGCCGGUGAGACAGGCGCUGAGUAGUGACAUGUCCCUGUAUCCUACAGUGCUGGUGGGAAACACGUGUUCCUUACUCUCCACUAUUGUCAGCGAACUCUCCGCCACAGCCACUGGGCUCGAGAUGGAUCUUGGCACAACAACACGGCCACUGUUGGUGACCCCCAACAGGUUUACUCGCACGAGUCAGAGUGCGUAUUGGAACACAGGGAAUGGCAGUCCAGAUGCAAUUUCCUUCAGUGUGGACAAGCCAGGCAUUGUGAUCGCUGGUGUGUGUGUCUAUGGAGGAGAGGGGCGCUAUGAGUAUGAAAUGGAGCUACUUGAUGAUAGUGAUGGUCCAACAGAUACCAACCAUGCUCAGCGGUGGCGCAGCAUAGAAUUUGUCAAAGGUACCUACAGUCCUGAGGACUGUGUCAAUGACAUCGCCGAAAUCAAGUUUGACCGUCCUGUCUCGAUAAAGGAGGGGGUGAAGUAUACCAUCAGACUACGUAACCACGGAGCCCGCACUCUGAAUGGGGACAAUGGUAUAAACAAAGUCAAAUGCCCUGAUGGAACAACCUUCAACUUUGCUGCCUGUUCACUUAGCAGCAAUGGAACCAACCAUAUGCGUGGACAGAUACCUCAAAUCCUGUACUACAGUGCACCUCAGGAUGGAGAGUCCUAUCAACAGAACAGCAAGAGUCUUGUUGAACUCCAGGCACGUAAAAAUGCUAUUGAUGUGGUGGCUGCCAUCUGUAGGGUAACUACAGAUAUCUUACACCGAGCCAAUGGCCUGCCUGUGGAAGAAUCAUUAUCAAUCCUAGGAAACUCCCAUCUAUUCUGUUCUCUGCUGCCACUCAUUUUGGCGUAUAUUGGACCUGUAGCCUCUCAAGACCCCCGGGGGGCAGUACAAGUGCUGGGUAUGAUACAGGAGAUUUUGCCUGCCCUCACUUGUAUCAACAGUAAAGUUACCCAGCCCCAGCCCUCCCCUGAUGGGAGCACAGAGAACAACGGGGGCACAACUUCACAUCACUAUGCCGUGGUGGAGAGUGACCAUCCCUAUAAACCAGCUACCGUAGCUAACUACAAGGUCAUGUUCCCUGAGUCUGUCAAGUGGAUGGUGCUGGAGUUUGACCCCCUCUGUGGUACAGCCCAGGCUGAGGACACACUUCAGCUGUUGAUUCCUAGCAUCAUCAACACCACUAGCAUCACUUCCAGUGUUACCAAGGAAAUUGAGGAUCUGCCCAACAAGCAGAACUAUAGUCCCCUCCGAAAAAAAUUCUCAGGGGCAGACAACUGGCCUAAGAAUGCAAUCAUUCUUCCUGGUAGUGAAGUAGUAUUUUCACUAGAGACUGCAUCAGAUUACAUCAAAGAUGAGAAGUCUUGUUUCUACGGCUUCAAAUGCUGCAUUGUUGGAUACGAGUGGAAUUCCAAACCUUUAGAGAACCUUCUACAGUUAGAACAGGAGUUGGCCUACCUGGGUGGCAUGUGUUCUGGCUCUCUCAUCAAAAAGGAUAUUGGCCUACCCCCAGUGACCAUGGAGGAACUUGACGAAGACAUGGAUUUUAUAGAUGAAAGUACACAGUUGGUAUUCAAUGCUCAUUCAUCACUGUUAGAGAAGGGUUUUGCUCUGUCCCACCCUCCCACCAUCAUGCAGGCCCUGGAGGGUAACCUUCCAUUCUGCUGGCAGUCCAAUGAGCGUUCCUUCCUCAAAGACUUUGUGUCAUGCAGCCCUGGUACCAGUGGUGGACGAUUAGCCAGGUGGCUCCAGCCCGACUCUUACCUCGACCCUUCACAGUGUGAGAUUGUUUAUAACAAAGAGGAGCUCAAAUGUAGCUGGCCAGCAGUCAUCACUGUGCUGACAAAGGAUCAGUACAACCACCUGGUCAAUGUCCCAGAACUCAGGGUUGAAGUAAAGGCUGUACCUGUCGAUAUGGGUGUAUUGGGAGAGGAUGAGAAACGUGUCCGCAGACUGAGUCGUCCUGACGAGGGUAAUAUGACAUUUGGAGGCCACCCUCCUCCCUGUCUAGAUACACCUUAUGAACCUACAGUCAAGGACAGGAAGGAUGUCUUCCAUGCCAUCUGUAUGAUGAAGGCCUAUGAGAACUACUCAUUUGAGGAGCUUAGGUUUGCUGCUCCAGCUGUUCUUCGUCCUAGUGAGAACAUGCUGGUCAGAGCAAACAAUGACGGAACCUUCAGUGCCAACUGGACACCGGGCAGCGUCGGCUUCUACAAUAUACAUGUCACUAUCGAUGGCUUUGAAGCAGGAGAGGUGGUCAAGGUGGAAGUGAAGGAGGCUCCCCAGGGGCUGACUCCACCAACCAAGAACGAGAAAAAGCCGCACCAACAGAAUCGGAUGCGUAGAUUUGUAGCUAAGAACAGUGCAGGUCUGAGGAUACGAGUGAACCCCUCCCUCCAGAGUGAACAGCUGGGAAUCAUACAGCCUGAGGGUGUCAUCUCUUUUGUUGAUGAGGUUCACAAUGAUGAUGGUGUAUGGCUGAGACUGAGCCAGGAGUCACUAAAUGACUGGUGUAUAAGUGGCCAUAUCGAGGGCUGGUGUCUACAGUAUAACCAACACCUGGGUAAGACCCUACUGGUACCAUUAGAGGAGCCAAAGUCUCUCAUGGAUGAGAUCAUUAAAGAGACCAUCCUCAAGAAGCUGCCAGAACUCGUCAGAGCAGAGACUAACAAGCCUAAGAGGGGUCCAGGUGUUUACCAGGUGUUGAAAUGCGGGUCAUUUGGCCAUAAUAUCCGUUGCCGCCCCAGUCUCAAAGCCACACCAGUCGGGAUGCUUACCCUUGGAGAUAGAAUCACAGCACUCGAAGAUGUAACCAAUCAGGAUGGGCUUUGGGUGAAGAUCGACCCUGAGAGUGCAGAACAGUUCUGUCAACAAGAAGGGGAAACAUGGUCCUUAGUAGCAGGGAAGGAAGGAAUCGUGUACCUUCAACAUGAGGCCGACAUCCCUGAACUACCCCUAAGUGGAGAAAAGGACCCUUUCUCUUUCAACACACUCAAUGCAGCUGUUGCUAAGGGCUUUGACUUUGGAGCCUCACCGCAGGCUUCAUCUCAGUACUCUGUGUUUGGUACCCCAGGAUCUGUGUUUGGAGGAACACACCCUUCUCCAGCUAACUUUGCCAGGAGUGCUAGCCUACCUUCAAGUGCAUUUGCCUUUGGUAACCAGAGUUCGGGAUCCAAUGGACCAUCUUUUGGCCAGUCACCUGCACCAUCGUUUGGUAUGAGCAAUGGCUAUCACUCUGAAGGUGGGACAUCCCACACCAAAGAGCUGACCCGUGUCCAAUCUCUUCCUUCAGCCAGCUUCACAAAAAAGCGAUCCUCUCCAGUUUCCUUUUCACCCCAGACUGUGUCUCCAGCACGAUUAGAUUCCCCAUCCCUAGCAGUCAUCACCAGUAAUAGGUCACCUGCCCCAGGCUCACCUAAAUCCUCACGACGGGAUGGCAACACUGUUCCUCCUGAAUUACAGGGUGUUUCUGUCAAGGAACUUGUCAAAGCUCUAGGGAUCAAUCACAAUGAAUCCGAGAGUGACUGGUCACGACACAGCCCAGACUUAAAACACAAAACCUCAUCCUCACCCAUAUAUCAGGACCUUAGGGGGUUUCCUUUUCAUAUCCGAGCUGUGAGCCCCCGACGUCUUGCAGCCAUUAUUGGUGAGAGUAGAGCCAAUGGAAAUGGUCCCACUCCCGUACCAUCACCCCCAGGCACUCCCAAGAAAUGUGGAUCACGUAGCUCCAGUCCACAUCUCGCACCAGACAGAUCAGCUUCCCCCAAAACUGGCUCCCCAAUCCGUAGCCUGAGUCCGAGAUCAGCCAAGGUGGACAGCAAGCCUUCCAGGGGUGUGUCUGAGUCAUCCUCUCAGGCCUCCCUCAAGGACGAGACCUUCAGCACACCACCAGACAGUCCUAGCUUCGUUCGCCGUGCCCACCUCAAGAAGGAAGCUUCAUUUGAUCGUGAUUCCCAGUCACCUCCCGGGUCACCAGCUGUCCGCCCGAAACACCAACAUUCUAAUUCCACUUCAAAUAGUCAAAAAGAGGCUGGACUUGCAGGGCUGCCCCCUGCAGUACCACGGAAAGGAAGUAUAGGUAGUCCCCAUACCUCUCCAGCCCGGAGUGGCAGGAGAGGGUCAGGAAGUCCCCGUCUACACUCCAGCCCAUCGCGUGCAUCACCUGUCAAUAUCUCUCCAACCCCAGGGUCUGGCAAUUCUGACCGUUUGUUCAACAUCGGCUCAGCUUCCCCUAAGGAUGAAUCACCUAGGAUGUCACCAAAACCAAGUAGGAAGGAUAGGGGAAGACAGCUACGUUCUAAACGAGAAAGAGCCUCAUCACCGUCAUCAAGGGAUAUAACUCCUGUAGGAAGAGCACGGUCAUCAUCAGCAUCCUCAAUCCUAGACAAAGCCAAGGAUCCAGUGAAGGAUGCUCUGUCUCCGUCUGUAGCUGAGUGUCUACGCUCUGUCUUUGCUGCAUUUCUUUGGCAUGAGGGAAUAGUACAUGAUGCCAUGGCGUGUGCAUCCUUUCUGAAGUUCCAUCCUGAUCUUCAGAAAGAAAUGUCCAAGUAUGCAAACCGCAAGAAACAGGAGAAGAUGCGAGUACGACAUGCAACAGAUUCAAGUAAGGACUUCAACAGAAGGAAAGAGAACAUGAAUAUUAACGAAGCUAGAGUGAGAUUUAAUCUGGAACCACAGUUAGUUCGUAGUGACUCGGACAGGUCAGACCGGUCGGAUAAGUCAGACAAAAUUGACUUGUUGGAGAAGACAUUAGAGGUAAAGAAGGGUAAAGAUGGUGUGUACAGGAAGUCUACAGGGGACCGUCACAAAUCUGACGGGGUGUUGAAUGUGGCAGAGGAGGAAGACAAAUCGUCACCUCUUCCACCCACACUCCACCACCUCGUCUACUUUUGGGAGGAACUCUCCUCCACUGUCAUCAGGGUCAUUACACAAGAGCUCAUAUACCCCAGUCCUGCUGUCAUGCUCCGAAACAAGAAAAGCGAGAAGAAAGACAAAGAGAAGGAUAAGAAGAGCAAGAAGAAAAAAGAAAACAAAGUACCGUGGCGUGAGAAUGCAGUUGGGGAUGCCAUGGCCGGGGUGUUUGCUGGGGGAGGGCCUGAUAAGGGUGAGACAUCAUGUGAACUGUGUGGGUCAAUGUUCUCACACCCGGUCACAUUCCAUAUGCGACAGACACAUCCUGGGUGUGGCAGACAUGCUGGAGGUAAAGGCUACAACAGUAGUGGUAACUACUGUGGAGGUUGGGCUGGAAAUUGUGGGGAAGGGGGAUAUGGGGGCAGUAGCUGGUACCUCAUAUGUGAGCGGUGUCGAGAGAAAUACCUCAAGGAGAAACGCCAACAGCAGAAAGACAAAGAGAAGGUGAAAAAAAUGAAAAAGAAAAACAAUCAGUCCAGGCAGAGUGUUCUGACAACACAGGAACCUCAUACUGUGCUAAAAAAUAAUGCCAUGUUCCUGAUGGACUUGGCAAGUGCCUCGGGGAUCACCAUCCCUAUACAGACAUACAAAAAAUACCACGGUGUGAAUCGCUCCGAUCCCUUCCUGCCUAGCGUCUAUGAAGAGUACGGGUCUGAGCUCAACCCUUUCCCUCCUGUGCCAUUCCAAUACCUCAUAUCUCAGAGUGCCCAGAACUCAGACUCUGCCUUCGCUGAUGACUUCUUCAUCGACAUGGAUGAGCGUGUGUUUGUAAGGUCAGGGUCACUAAGUAUUAACCAGAAGCAAUCGUUCCUGAGACCUAGACUACCGACAGAGCCUCGUCACAGUCCAUUGGCUAGAUCAGGGUCUUUGGGACAGGAUAUCCGACCACCAUUGUCUCAGAUAACUUCUCCUUCUAGUCCUAAGGACUCGAGUAUGAAUGCCUCCAGUGAUUCUGAUAAACCAGUGCCAAAGAGUGCAGGUACAAGUCCAGACUCAGAACUAGAACAAGCCCACAAAAAGACAGCCUUCCAACGGAGCAUAUCGGAGAUUGUGUCCGACAGUGACGAAGGGUUCGGAGGUAACGACAGAAAUCGUCAGUAUGCAGGACGAAGAAGAAAUAAUAGUGGAGGUGUGGGAGAUGGUGGUAUGUCAUUGAUCAAACACCCAUCUGCUGCCAUGUCUAAGCUGAUGACCUCGGUGGAAAAGUCAAACUCAUCACGAAUAGAAGGUGAUAGGACGCUCCAGCGUCCAGUGAUGGCUUUCAUCGUCCAGAGACAUGACCUUGAUGGACUUCAGCUGGCCAUGAAACAAGCCCUGAGGAAGGCCACAUGUCGAGUGUUUGCUAUGCAGGCCAUGAAUUGGUUGAUGCGGACAGUGUCGCGUACCGUAUGUAUCCAUGACCUUUUAUGGUACUUGGUGACGUCCCUCACCCCUCCAGUUGGAGAGGAGGAGGAAGAGGAAGAAGAAGAGGAAAAGGAUAAAGAAAAGGAUAAAGAGAAAGAUAAGAAACCACCCAAGAAAGAACCUCCAAACAAAAAAGAUACAGAGGAGGCGCCACUGUGUGAACAUCCUCUGGCAGACAUCAGGAUAGCUGGUAGUGCUGUGGAUCCCCUUCCAGAGGUGUUCCACACACUCCUUCAAACCAUAGCGGAUGUGAUGAUGCACCUGCCCUGGGGCUCGUCAGUACAGCUGAUGGCUGUCAGAUGUUUCUGCCUGAAGUUCCAACAGGCUGAUCACCAGUUUCUACAUGAGUGCCAUGUAUUCAGCAACAUCAGUCGCAUCCUCAGUAAAUCUGAUGAGGAGAAGGAGGAGAAUGACAUUGGGGAGCCACCUGUGGUGAAGGAUGUUGUUAAGAAGCUGGCUUCCCAUCAGAUCUGGCAACUAAAAGACCUCACUGCCAAUGCUGACAUUCAGGCCUCCAGCCGACAGGCUAUGAUAGCCAGUCUUACAGACAACUCCACAGAGACAUUCUGGGAGAGUGGCGAUGAGGAUAGGAACAAGAUAAAGACUCUAACCGUCAACUGUCACAACCGGUCACUACCGAGAGUAGUGUAUGUCCAUAUAGACAACACACGUGACCUCGGGAGUAAAGUUAACUACAUGGGAAUCAGUGCUGGAUGUAAUACAGACGAGCUGAAAAAACUGCAGCAGUUGGACAUUGAGGCACGUCAGAGUGGUUGGAUCAGCUGUCACAUCCCAGAGACACAGUACCGCUGUAUCAAGCUGGAGCUAAAAGGGCUCGAACACAGCCUCCGUGUCCGACAGAUCAAAGUCCUAGGGGACCUGGAGGGAGAGGAUUCCAGUAUCCCGGCCAAGAAAUCUGCCCAGGACCUCCAACAGGAUAGCUGUGAGGCGGAGACUCUCAAAGUGUUUAGACUCCUAACCUCACAGGUGUUUGGGAAGCUGGUCAAUGACAAGUUUGUAUGUGAGAAGGUUGACCAUGGUGGACUGGUCAGUGGUGAUAGUUUGGAUGGGGACCACAACCUCAAGGAACACAUGGUCGGCAUUCUGUUCAGCCGCAGUGGCAAACUCUCUCAUCUACAGAAACAGGUGUGUUCCCACAUAGUACAGGGUAUACGUAAGGAAGCCAGCCGAGUUAAAGAGGAGUGGGAAGUGUCCCUCAACAAUAACCAGCAGAUCCAUGAUACCAGUGACCAGGAUGCCUACUGUUUUGAGCUGUUGUCCAUGGUUCUAGCCCUGAGUGGGUCUGGUGUGGGGAGGGCCUACCUGGCCCAGCAGUACCCUCUCCUACAGGAUCUCUUCAGUCUACUACACACUGGCUCUCCCAGGGUACAGAGACAGGUGAUAGCAGUGUUGCGACGCGUUCUACCAGAUGUAAAGCCACAGACAUUGGCCAGCAUCCUGUCUGUAACCUCUCUCCCUCCAGCCGAGUAUAGCAUUGUUAACCUAGCUAGUCGGGAUGAGGGUGAUGCUUCAUUCCACCCUGAGAAACCUAACAUCCUUGAUGUACUGUUGUCCUGUAUUAGUAAGGCUCUAACUGUACAAACCAAGGUGAAGGUCAGUGGGCCCCAGAAGGGAGUCAGCAGUCUGUCUCUGUCUGAGUGUUUGGCUGACAAAAACUCAAAACGAGCGUCAGGUCCGCGGUGGUGGAUGAGGGGUAAGAUGUCCGCUGUCCUCGCCAACAACAUCAUCUCACUGAUUCACGACAUGGGCAAGGGACAGCUGACUGAGAGUUGGGCUACUGUGACAAAGGCAGCUAUAGCUGAGGCGAUCCUUAACCUCACAAAACUGGACGAGACACACAGAGUGCCUGAAGCCUGUAUCAAAACUCCCACAUUGUGGCUAGCCCUGGCCUCUCUUUGUGUUUUGGACCAAGACCAUGUAGAAAGAUUGACCUCAGGUCAAUGGGUCAGCAGCCCAAAUGGCCAGCAUGGACAGCCUAGGCCUACCUGUGAUAACCACGACGACGGCGAGACCCAAGCCAUCAUCCUGUGUAAUGAGUGUGGAAACUUAUGUGCAGAGUGUGACCGCUUCCUUCAUCUCCCACGCAAAAAACGCACACAUCAACGCCAGGUAUUUAAGGAAGAGGAGGAAGCCAUCAAGGUUGACCUCCAUGAGGGAUGUGGUCGUACCAAACUGUUCUGGGUCAUGUCCCUGGCCGACUCCAAAACCCUGAAGGCUAUGGUAGAGUUUAGGGAAGGUCGUACUUCGUCCAGUGGUGCAGGCCCGGGGACUUGUCGGUUCUGUGGUACCAGUAAUAACACAGGGUUGUUGGCAAUUGGUAAUGUUUGUGCUGAUGCUGAGUGUCAGGAGCAUGCACAGAACGCCUGUACAAAGGUGCUGCCAUGCGGACAUGCUUGCGGAGGCAUUAAGAAUGAGGACCCUUGUCUUCCCUGUCUCCAUCGAUGUCGCUCAGACAACCAAGAGUCACUCAAGCAGGAUGCUGAUGACAUGUGUAUGAUCUGCUUCACUGAGGCUCUUGCUGCUGCACCUGCAAUCAAGCUGAAGUGCAACCACCUGUUUCAUCUGCACUGUACUAAAAACAUCCUGGAGAAGCGUUGGGUGGGCCCACGUAUCACCUUUGGAUUUUCACUUUGUCCUAUAUGCAAGAGUACAAUAGAACAGCCGGUGUUGCGUGAGCUACUGAAGCCAAUACGAGAUCUGUACAGUGACGUAAAGAGGAAGGCCAUGAUGAGGCUGGAGUAUGAGGGGCUACAUAAGGCUGAGGCCAUCACCACACCUGGAGCUCGGUUCUACCAGGAUCCGGCAGGAUUCGCCAUGGAGAGAUAUGCUUACUAUGUCUGCUACAAGUGUAAAAAGGCCUACUAUGGUGGUGAGGCGCGAUGUGAUGAACAGGCUGGUGUUGCCGAGGACUACGAUCCACAGGAAUUGGUGUGUGGGGGCUGUUCUGAUGUUUCUCGCGCCCAGAUGUGUCCUAAACAUGGAACGGACUUCCUGGAAUACAAGUGUCGCUACUGCUGCUCUGUUGCCGUCUUCUUCUGCUUCGGGACAACUCACUUCUGUAAUAUCUGCCACGAUGACUUCCAGCGUGUCACCAACUUGCCCAAGACAGAGCUUCCUCACUGUCCAGCAGGUCCUCGAGGGAAACAGCUUGAAGGAGACGAAUGUCCGCUGCACGUCCAGCACCCACCCACAGGGGAGGAGUUUGCCCUUGGAUGUGGAGUGUGUAGAAAUGCUCAUACAUUUUAGUUUCGGCUACAGUGGCAGAGUUAAUCAUGAUUUUACCUUUGGUCUACAAAACAGUGUGAUCUUUAGGAACAAAUUAAGCUCCACUAUAAAAGGAGUUUUACGUUAUUGACAAUGGUUUGUGUGAAUACUGUGUUUAUACUGUGUAUUUAUCUGUGUCAGUACUGUAGCACUUCUAAAGUGCUCAUCGGUCAUCUAUGUGUCAAAUCAUGUUUUGUUUAAAUCUGUUACUUAAGCUAUACGUACUGAAUAUUAUACUGGUACACUUGUUGUCCAUGGUAACACAAAUGAAAUGACUUGUUAAUGUAGAAACACAUGAAUUUAAAUAUUGUUAUGGAGUACCACCACUAAGUUAAAACCUGUUGUUACACAUUACUUAUAUCUACUUGUUAUUGUCAUCAGUGGAAUAAUUCAGCUGGUACCUCUCUCUCUCUCUCUUGUAUUACUUAUUUACUGUAUAAGUAGAACUAAGAAACAAUAAUUUUAAUGGUUCCGAUCAAAUUCUUCAGACGCUGUUGUUUCUGUAUACAUAUACUGUAUUAAAAGUCUGCUUUAUACCAUGUAUAUUGAUUGAAUGUGUCCUCUUGGGUUCUGAGUUAGAUUAACAUUUCAAAAAUAUCUUUCAGAUGAGAUUUUCUUUUGGACAGGUAUGAAUGUAUAUUUAGUGACCAUGUUCGAUAUAGGGAUACAUAGCGUUAUUGUGAUAUUUUGUAUCUAAUUAUGUUUCUCAAUUAAAUCAGGACACUUGAUAAUUUGUUACAAUUUCUUUCCAUACAUCACCUCAGUGAUGAUAUUCAAGUGACUUAUACACUAAGAAUGUGCAGAAUUUUUUUAAGAAGUAAUUGACACAGACAAAAGGUACAGAGAUACAAAUUAUUAUAGAUAAAUGUAUGGCGAUAAGGUAACUCUAACCUUUAAGGAAGGUGUUGUGUAACCAGAAAUCAGAUAUUGGUUAUACCAGAAAAUGGCUGUCAAGUAUGAUUUGGUUGUCAGUUAGGUUCUAAUUCAAUAUGAAUAUAUUAUCAAAAUAUAAUGGUUUCUUUCCUUUUAAAGUAGAUUUUAUUUUCAGUUUUUUUAGGGGUACAUGUACAUAUUUAUGUAAUUAAGAUUUGUCCCGAGUGAUACCUGUAAUCUAGAGGUUAGAAUGCCUGGUAGUGUAUAAGAGUGGAAGUUUGAUGACAAUUAUGGAAGUUUGAUGACGAUGAUGAUGUCUAGUGAAAGUUCAGUGACAAUGAUGUCUAGUGGAAGUUUAAUGACAAUGAUGAUGUUAAGUGGAAGUUUGAUGACAAUGACGUCUAGUGGAAGUUUGAUGAUGAUGAUGACGAUGAUGAUGUCUAGUGGAAGUUUGAUGACAAUGAUGAUGUCUAGUGGAAGUUUAAUGACGAUGAUAAUGUUAAGUGGAAGUUUAAUGACAAUGAUGAUGUCUAGUGGAAGUUUGAUGAUGAUGAUGAUGUCUAGUGGAAAUUUAAUGACAAUGAUGAUGUCUAGUGAAAGUUUAAUGAUGACGAUGAUGUUAAGUGGAAGUUUAAUGACAAUGAUGUCUAGUGGAAGUUUAAUUACAAUGAUGAUGUCUAGUGAAAUUUAAUGACAAUGGCGAUGUCUAGUGAAAGUUCAGUGACAAUGGCAAUAUUUAGAAGUGUCUACACUGCUUGGUAUAAUUACUGGAUGGUAUGAUUCGAAAUAUUAUCUGAACUAUAUAUGAAUGUAAUUUAUCUUGAUGCGAGGUUGAAUGGCUGGACAUCCAGGACAUGUACUUUCUCUUUGUAGUCAGUGUUUUAUUUCAUAUCAAAUUAUAAUCUUAAUCAAGAGUGAAUAUGUGUGUAGACAAUUGUUUAAAAUGCUGUUUAAUGAUCCGAUUGUCUAAGACAUUUUAAACCUCCCAAAUGUACCACAUAAUAAGCUAUCUGCUGCAGGACACUUGAAAUUAACCAAAGCUUCAUAAAAUUUUAGUGCUAUUAUAUGUUUGAUCCAAUUUAAAAAAAGUUGAUAUGGAAAUUUUAAAUUUUAAAUGUAUAUUAUUGCUUGUAAUUUUGAUACUGGGAGUUUGCUGCUUUGAUGUGAGGCCAUGAUGCAUGUGUAAUGGGAGGUUAACUGUGGGUAGUUUUACAUAAGGCAUUCCUCCCUCCGACCCAUUGGUAUAUGUAACUGUGAUAUAUUUGGCUCUUUUUCAGGCCAAUAAAAUUUUAAAACAUCUA